AUGUCUAUCUAUCUAUCUAUCUAUCUAUCUAUCUCUAUAAGUCAUAUCUAUUUAUCUCUUAAGUCAUAUCUAUCUAUAUGUCUGUACAAUCAUAUCUAUCUAUCUAUCUAUCUGUCUAUCCAUCUGUACAAGUCAUAUCUAUCUACCUUGUGCCUCAUAAUACAUAAGGUCUCUACACUGCCCUAUCUUAUCGCUUUCCCUUAUCUGCACUCCUUCUCCCCUUCUUUUGUUUUCUUUUCCAUCUUUAUUUUCUACUUAUUUCUUCUUUUUGUCUUUUUUCUUUUCAUUUCUCAUAAUUUCCUUUUGUCAUUAUCCAACCACUUUUCUUCUUUAUUGUUUUAUUUUUCUUCCUUUUGUCUUUCAUUUUACUUCUUCAUUUGUUUUUCUUCUCAUUCCAUUUUCAUUCUUUUCACUUCUUUUUCCUUCUUUUCUUUCCUCCUUAUCAACUUUUUUGUUGUUUACUCUUUCUUUUUUGCUUUUUACUCUUCUCUUCACUUUUUCAUCAUGAUCUUUAUUUUUUUUUGUUCAUCGUCUUAUUUUUUUUUUGCCUUUUAUUCUUCAUCACUCAUUCUUCUCUUUCAGCUCAUAUUUUCUCCUCUUUCCUUCCUACCUCUUUUUCUAUUUCCCUAUUAA